AUGGGUCUCCAACAGCUAGGCCAGAGUGGGACAGGGCAGUCCUUUCCUCCACCCUCUCAGGUGGUUGCAAAAACCUUACAGGCCUCUCAGAGCAAAGAUCAGUUUGGGGCAAAAGGAAGUUUUGAACGUAACAGGAUUUUCCUGAACAUACAAAACUGGAACAACCUGACAGGCUGGGAGCAACUAACCAGCCGCAUACAAUGCUUCGGGGCAGCAAGGUGGGUGCACGGGGCCAGUUCGUCUGGGCCUGCAGUGGUGCCGCCUUUAAACCUGCAGGUAGAACGCCAGCCCCCGACAGUGACCACGAGGCUGGGACAAGAGGAGGGGGCGGGGGAUGGAUUAAAGCCAGCGCACCAGUACCCCGAUGUGCGCCUUCCGAGCUCUGACACUUUGAUGGGAAGAAUCUGCUACAGGACUUGGAAGUUCCAAGGCUCACCCUGCAGGGCACGGGGAAAGAGCAAGGAGGUCAAAGGGAGAAAAAUGAAGAAGAAAAAGGAGAGCCUGGGGUGGAAAAGAAUCAUGAUCAACAUAAUUACAACCUGCGGAUGCCAGUGCCUGCCCCGCGCUGAAGUCACGUGGGCCACGUGGGCCUCUGGGGAGCUGCCGGACAGUCUAGCCUACCCAGGAAGCAUCCACCUGCCCCCGGGAGGUCAGCUUUUCCCAUCCACACUGCUCAGGAACCCUCAGCCUGUUGGGCUCCAGCACACACUCUGAACCAAGAGUCAAGGCCUCCCCGCCGCCUCCACCCCAUUUUCCACGUUCAGCUUCUACACAUGUCCUGGGUCCUCCACACCAUGUCCCACAGCCAGGCCCUCUAAAGCGUGUCACCGGGGAACAUUCACCCAGCCCACAGCCAGCCUCUCUGCCCCCUCCACAAAGAAGGGAUGCUGCUGCUGCUGCUGCUGCUAAGUCGCUUCAGUCGUGUCUGACUCUGUGCGACCCCAUAGACGGCAGCCCAACAGGCUCCCCAUCCCUGGGAUUCUCCAGGCAAGAAC